AUGUCUGCUGGAGGAGCUGAAUUUAAAGCCGAGCUGCGUGCCGGCAAGCCCAAGUUUGGUGUCUUUCUUAACUCCGCCAGUCACCUGCUCGCCGGGCAGUUCAGUCACUCAGGCUACGACUGGCUGUUGAUUGACAUGCAACACUCGCCUGUGGAUGCGCUGACGCUCAGUCAGUUGAUUGCGGCCAUCCGCACCGGCCAUGCGAAGGUGAUGGUGCGUGUAGGGAGCACCGAAGACCGUCCCGGCAUCCAGAACGCGCUUGAUUCCGGCGCCGAUGGCGUGCUGAUUCCGUACGUCAAAACCGCGGCGGAGUUAAGCGCGGCUGUGUCUUGCUGCUUUUAUCCGACAGUCGGAACGCGCUCUGUGUACGCGCCGCAGCAGUGCAUGAACGCCAAGGGCCUGCUUGGGUAUGCCGGUGAGGCGAACAAGAACGUGGUGGUUGCGUUCCAGGUGGAGACGGCGGACUGCAUCACGAACAUUGAGGAAAUUAUGGCAGUGAAGGGUAUCGAUAUUGCGUUCUUGGGGCAGAAUGAUCUUUGCAUGUCGAUGGGCCUGUAUGAAAAAUACGUGUUUCCCGACAUGUACACCUCAACGGAGUUGAACGAUGCGACCGAGAAGCUAAUCACGGCGGCGCGCAAGAAUAAUGUAAUCUUGGGUCUCUUUCUUUUUGGCACAGACCGCGUCGGGGAGUUUUUGCAGAAGGGCUUCACGUUUAUCAGCAUCGGCAGCGAGCUGCACCACGCGCUGACGCAGGCGGCCACGCACGUGAAGGUUCUCGAGCAAAUUGCCAAUGUAAAUGGGAAGCCGUGGAAGCAUCAGCCGAGUGCUCUUGUAUAA